AUGGAAGAGCUAAAAGAGGUGCACGAGCUUUGCGACAACUUCUGCCACCGCUACAUCAGCUGUCUGAAGGGCAAGAUGCCCAUCGACCUGGUGAUCGACGAGCGGGAGAGCGCACGCCCCCCGGACGCGAACGGCGAGCGGUCGGCCCCCGACUCCAGCCACGACGGAGCCUCCACCCCCGACGUCGUGAGUACCCCCUAUAGCAAAACCCAUCUCAUUCAGAGGCGCGAUCCCCAGCUAGCACCCAACUCGACAACGAGUUAUCUCGUGCACCCCUGUUCUUAG